AGACAAAAAAAUCUAAAAAAAAAUGAAACUCCUCAUCGUAUUAUUCGCUCUUAUCGCAGCUGCCUUCGCUGUUCCUCAAUUCUACCCCGGAGGCGGUUUCGGCGGCGGUGGUUUCUCAGGAUCUGCUUCAAAUGCUGCUGCUAGCUCUCAAUCUUUCAACCAAGGAGGCGGCUUUGGAUAUCCAGGCGGUUUCGGAGGCGGCUUCAGCGGAUCUGCUGCCAAUGCUCAAGCUUCCAGCCAAUCGUUCAACCAAGGAGGCGGUUUCGGAUUCGGACGUUAAAAAAAAUUAAAGAAAAAAAAACAAAAUUCCUG